CAGCAGGCCGCAAAGCAUGAUGGGUAUUGAGCGCUCAAUUAUGCGAACGCUUCAUUUGACGUUUUGACUGUCGUGAUGUGAAGAGCUCUGCGAGUAUAGGAAAAAUGGAUGCUUUCGAAAGACAGGAUUUUCAAGCUGCGAUAGUGCAAAAUACUAUGAUGUAUAUGUAUUGUUGCGAUCCGCAUUACGACUUAUCUUUUACUGUACCGAGUUUACCGUUUUUUAAGCUGCAUGGGCUUUGCUGCCAUUUCGCCUUUCAUAAUACUCCGUCUGAAAGAAGACUUUGUAUUAUACCAAACACCGAAGCACUGCUUUCGAAGUUGAAUGGCCUUAAAUCUCCUUGUGUCAUCAACGUUAAAGCAAGUACUAUAUUUGAGUUUGGUACUAUCCCUGAUGAAUUUAUUCAUUGUAAAGCGGAGAGAAUGCUUUUAAUUUGGGAUUUUGAUGUGGAUCGUGUAUUGACAGAAAAUACGAGCGCUGUGGAUGCGGUUACUCCUGAUUUUGAUGACAUCGAAAUUAAUAAUGAGGACAGUGAAGAAGAUGAAAGUGAAGAAGUUGAAAGUGAUGAGGAAGAAAUCACUCAUGCUCUACCAUUCAAGUGCAUUGGAGCUGCUCAUGAACAAAGUUACCAACAUCAUCUGGAACAGGCAUAUCUUGCCCUUGAAUAUAAUGAAUCAGUAAAUGACGACUAAGACCAGAGCCGGAGAAUCCUCGGGACCAAAAUGCAAUUGCUAUUGAUCUUCAUUAUGGAACUCAAUGGGAAAAUGUUGGAUAUAUAGCUUCUGAACAUUGCAAGUAUUUACAUCCACUGAUUGCAGCAGGAGAUAUACUAGACGUCUAUGUUGAACACAUCAAGUUUCGGGUUAACUUUUUAAAAAUAGGAUUUUAUCCAAAAAUCUGGAUAAAGAGGCGUGGUAAAUGGGAAGGUCAGAUUGUAAGGGCUAGUAUGAGUGUACGUUGACAUAUAAUUUCAUAAGAACCAGGGUUUGCAAGUUGUGAAUUUCUGCAAUUAUUUCCAUUGGCUAACCUAUGUAGAUUUUUCCAGCAUUUUUGCCAUCAACUUGUUUUUAGUCUGGUUUCCAUAUGACAAUCAAGUUGUUGCAUAAUA